UGCCUCGCGUCGCUUUCUUUACAUCGGCAUCCAGCAGAGCAGGUGUCUCCUCUCGGGAGCGCGCCGGCCAAGGGCGCAAAUCUUUUCACAUGGGGGAAUGUUUGAGGACAGCAUGCCCAUGUCUAAAGGCAUUAUGGGACAGAAUAUACGGAUCGUCGUCGGGGGACGAGGAUGGAAACGUGGUGAAAUCUGACCGUGGUUAUACGGGAGAAGGUUACAACAAUGCAAUUGACGAUGAUCCGAAGGAUUCCAAUCGUUACUCACGACCGAAUCACCCCGCUCUCCAGCCGCCUCGGAGGAACGACAAUGCUUUAUAUACGGCUCUGUGGGACUUUGAGGCUCGAGAUAUAAACGAGAUAUCGUUUCAAACGGGUGAUAUCUUCCAAAUUGUCGACAGUUCGAGUGAAUGGUGGAGAGCGAGGAAAACAGACACGAACGGCUGUAUUCUCGCCACCGGGUUCGUUCCGCACAAUUACCUGGCGCGCGUGGAGUCUCUGGAGUCCCAGCCGUGGUUCUUUGGAAAGAUGAGCCGAGUUGAGGCUUCAGGUCACCUUAUGUCACCUGCAAAUCACGAUGGCUCCUUUAUUGUUCGAAUCAGUCAGUCUGAGUGCGUGGGUCAUGUGAUCUCAGUAAAGGCACAUAACCAACCAAAACACUUUAAGAUCUACCAGACGGGUGAUCAUUUCUUUGUGGAUCAGCUUCUAAAAUUUUCCAGCGUGAUAGAGUUGGUUGAAUACUAUCAAAGUCACCCAUUGGCCACUGUGGGUCAACUCAAACGCCCGUGUGUUAGGAAAAAACCUCAACCACAGGAUUUAUCACAUUCAACAGUGGAUGAGUGGGAGUUGCCAAAGGAGGAGUUUACCAUCGAAGAGGAGCUUGGCAGGGGCCACUUUGCUGAUGUUUACAGGGGCAAAUGGAAAAAUCAAAUUCAUGUGGCCAUCAAAAUCCUCAAGAACAAUGAUUUCCUCAAGCAGAAGGAGUUUCAGAUGGAGGUGCAGAUUAUGAAGCGAUUGCGUCACAGACAUCUCCUCGCUCUCUUCGCCAUCUGCACGUCCUCCACCCCUUAUUACAUCAUCACAGAGCUCAUGGAGAAGGGGAACCUGUUGGAAUUCCUCAGAGGUAAAGAGGGUGGGGCAUUAGAUGUAGUUUCUCUGUUGGAUAUGGCGGGUCAGGUAGCAGACGGGAUGGCAUAUUUAGAAGCCAAUAACAGUAUUCACAGAGAUCUUGCUGCAAGAAAUGUUCUCGUUGGAGAUGGAUAUAUCUGCAAAGUAGCUGAUUUCGGCCUGGCUCGGGUCAUUAAGGAGCCUUUUUAUAUAUCCGAUGAAAGGACAAUACCAUACAAGUGGACAGCACCUGAAGCCAUCAGUCACGGACGUUUCUCUAACAAAUCUGACGUCUGGUCGUUUGGGAUUCUCCUAUAUGAGAUUCUCACUUAUGGCGGGGUGCCUUAUCCAGGUUAUUCAGCAAAUGAGGUGUACGCACAAGUCACAGAACACAACUACAGAUUACCUGCCCCAUCCAAAUGUCCAGGGUUUGUGCAUGACAUCAUGCUGUCCUGCUGGAGUGCACGGCCAGAGGACCGUCCUGAUUUUAAAGACCUGAGACUCAAACUUGAAAACGUCAGCAGCUACAAUGACUUGGAAUGAUUCUGCUGAAAGAUAUCUGAGGUCUGAGAAAGUGAAACGAGACUGACCGCAAAACAGUUCUUAAGGAUGGAUGCUACAUUACUGGAUAUGUACAAUAGUCCGGUGUGUUUCAUUACACCAGUUGGGAACAUGCACAUAUUAAGCACUUUUUAGCUGCUCUCAGGGGAUCAUUUAUUUUUGUUUGGAGUUUUCUCUAUGGGCUAAAUUCACUGAGACAUAUGGUGUUAUUUUUAUAAUCCUGCUGUUGUCAGGUAAUAGUAGAUUGCACUGAUUAGAAAACAAUGCCUCAAGUUACAAGUCUUAUGAGAAAUCAAAUAUUAAUUCAAGGAAGUCUUUUUUUAUUCAUCUAUAAGGAAAAAGAUUGUUAUAUUUUUUGUAAUAAAUUGACAUUAUUCCAAUGCAGUUAAAGGUAUAAACUUUUAAAAGUACAUUAUGAUCAAAAGCAGAUGGAUAUGUGAAUAUGCAUCAAAGAAUCAUGAUGCAAACUACUACACUCCUAAGAAAUGAAGGUGCUAAAAAGGGUGUUAAAGGUUGUUUAUGAAACCAUACAGCCUGGCAUUUCGCAAACCUUUAUUUUUUUAAGAGUGUGUAUUAAACAUGAUGUUGUAUUUUCUGUAUAUUAUACUGUAUUUUCUGUACUGUAUUGAUCAGUGAUCUUCAGUGUUGUGUAUUGAUAUUCAGGUAAGCAAUUUACCAAAUUCCUCAUAAGGGUAAUCUUACUUAACAAUUAAACUCAAA